AUGGCUCGCUUCGACUCUGACAGUGUACGAAAAGACAAUGCUGAACCGAAUAAACUGCAUUGCAGAACUGCACAUACGAGAUGCUCCCCAUCGUCUGCUCUUCCAUCUUCUUCGCCUCCUUCUUCCGUUAUUCCUUCAUCAUACCUAUCAUCGUUGCUCACCAUCAUGCCAUUCCACCAAAUGCCUGAUAUAGACGCCCCAGCACCGCCACCUUCCCCAUUUCAUCCGAUUCAUCCUAACAGCUUGAUCUUUUUGCAUCGUGGUCAGACGCGCUUGCAGAUCGCCAAUGCUCUCUCAACUUUGCUCCACAAACCUACUUCUAACGUAGCUCGUAUUUGGCUCUUUGCGAGCGAGCUCGAGGUGAUCAUCACCUUUGUCGUGUGCGCCGUCAUGCUCUACAAGAAACGAGGUCUCGGCGAAUUUUGGGCCUUCAAGAAGCGCGAGUCACAGACCGGCACCUUCUGGGUUGCCAACGCCGUCUUUACCCUCGUCACCACCGUCGCCUUCUAUCUCUCGGUGUGGGGCAUCACCGGAGUCAUCAUAGCCUCUUAUUCUUUUGCCCACAUUUCCUUCAUGGAGUGGUGGUGGGUCAUCCCUCUACCCUGGUUGCCCCUCGCCGUGGGCGCCUAUAUCAGCAUUCACGGUUUCAUCGUAGGCUGCAGCCCGCGCUCACCGCUCUCCGCCUUCAAAUCUCACACGGGAAUUGCCGCUCGCCACAAAUGGUAUUCCCUUCCUGUCUUCAGGAGUGCCACGCUCGUCAACACCAUUCUCGUACUUCCUUGUGUUCUCCUCCUCGUCAGUACCGUCGCUCUCGUCGCCAUGUCGGGACGCGCCUAUUACCGCGCAAAGACGUUCGCAUUCGACAGCCUCCCGCAUGACCUGCUCCUCCAGAUGGGUCACCACGCUCGCGGACGCGCAGCUUCCAUGGCUGAUGCCGAUUCUCUCGCAACAGACGAGCUCAUCUGGACUGCACGUCUUGUGGCAGCCAAGUACAUGACGGUGCACAGAUACGUUUCCAUCAACCUCAUCGUCUUUGCGUUCGCUGCCAUCUACAUCUUUGUCCUCUGUCUCGUGUACGGCAUUCCGAACGCCAUGAACCUUGUCGAUCAUGCUUGCUCUCGCUAUCCUCGACCCUUACCCGCCUCAUGCACCACAUACCGCCGCAAGCUCUGGUUCCUCGUUACAAAGGCGAAACCCACAUGCGACCACAGCGUCACUCAACUCAGCAUCGCCAGCUGGAAAAUGACCAUCCUAGCCGUCACAUACAUUUACAUCCUGACCCUCUGCGUACCGUGCUACGCAGUCGUACCUAUCUUCAUCGUAUGCGGAACCUGGCCGCAUCGCGUACAGCAAGGAGACCUUGCAGCCAUCAUUAACGGUGCCGAAUUGACCAUCUCCGUCAUCACCUUUCUCAGUUGCACCUUCGUGGCAAUUUUCAGCUGUGUCAGCAGUCUCGACCCUGUAUUCCGUGCCGUCUUGGGCCUCAACGUCAUCAGAACCACGAUCCCCGUCGAUGUCGAUAUAAGGUUCGAAUUCCAGCAGCAUUGUUCCGAAGACAACGAGUUCGAUACGUCUCAAAACUAUACUAACACGGACAGAGGCUCGCACAAUAAGCUGACGCCCGACAGCGAUACAAAGGAGACGAAGCUCAAGCUGUCCGUGAGGCAAUCCUCCAGCUCCAUCGGCAGCACGGCCAAGUCUCCUGUCAACACGGACUUUCCAGAGUAUCCACUCGGGCUCAUGACGACCAACACGUCUGAUGGCGUGGAAGCACACACGCAGCGAGGCGAAGACAAGGGUAACAAUCAUGUCACUCAGCACGAGGCGUGA